UCUUCUUCCUUUCAUGCCUCUAUAUUUCUAAUUAAAAAACAAGGAAGAAAGAAGUGGAUAAGAUAACGCAACUCAAGAAUCCUCGCUAGAAAGAGCUUUAAAAAAAUGUAUGUGACUCGGCCUCUUUCGCUCUACUUAAAAUCUAUUGAAACUGCCCUUAUACCGCCACCAGAAGGUCCGAAUUCCGGUUAUUUGGUGGUUGCUGACGAAGAAUAUGAGGCGGAAGCGACGUCUUGCUGGGGGCUGUGUAAAGAUAAUAAGAUCCGAAACCUACCUUUUCCUCAGAACAAGAUCCUCAAGGUCGUCUACACCCAGCACCAUGGCAAUACAAGCACAACGGAUAGUGAUGAGGCCUACUUCAUACCAGUUCUUGAUCAGCCAUUGUCUUCCAAUCGAUACUACGUUAUACGGGCAUCUGGGAAGUAUAAAGGGAAUGCAUGCACAUGUUCAAGGGAGGAGGAUAUGAGCACAUGUUGCUUUUGCAAGUCUGUCAAUGAUGUGAAGCCAAGAGCUCUAGACUAUAGGGAUAUCUAUCAGCAGGUAGAGAUCAUUCGCCGACAUAGUGGUUCCUAUGUUGCCAAAUCCAUCGCACCAGACGGGUUCCCUCCAUUGUUCUUGAGAAGAAAAGGGUGGGAGGUAUACACAAAAACUCCCCACGACUUCCAACUAGGCGAGGCUCACGGCAUUGAUCUUUCUCCACGCGCUCGUCUGCCAGCAUUCGACUUCCCAAUCUCUAACAAGCAUUCGAGGAGUGUUGUAGUAGGAAAGUGGUACAUCCCUUUCAUGUUCAUUAAGGAAGAUGGUACUAGCUCAAAAGAUCAAAUGAAAAAGUCCAUGUUUUAUGAGAUGUAUCUUGAACAGAUGUGGGAUGAGAUACACAUGUGUGAGAACCACAGCACAGAACAGAAUGCCGUGGUAGUGAAUACGACUGUGCGAAGGGAGAUUGUGAUGAUCUCUGGUCUGGAAGCCAUCCCACAUGUGGUUGAUGGGGUGAUGUGGUUACGUGGUCCACCUAAUAGCAUUGGUAUGGGAUUGAGUAUGGCAGUUGUAGAUAGAAUGAAAUGGGAAGCUUGUAGAGGAGGUUGGAUUGAUGGGAAUGAGAGAGAUUUGAAGGUGGAGAGGGUGGAAGAGUUUGGAGGAGUGAAUGGAUGGAGGAAAUUUGGUUGUUAUAUGUUGGUGGAGAGGUUUGUUUUGAGAAGGAUGGAUGGGACUUUGGUUCUAACUUAUGAUUUUAAUCACACUCAUCUGAUUCAAUCCAAGUGGGAGUAGUUUUGUUUAUAUAUGUUUCAUAUUUACUUUAGGACUCUCAAUUCCAUCAGUGUGAACUAGUAUAUGUUAAUGAUGUGUAAGAUUUAUAUAAAUGAUGGUAAGUGAUGGAUAAGAUUGUCUAAUUAGUUUGCCUUUUUUUUUUUUUUUUUGUGGUGAUCUAUCGAUGGCCCACUUUUUUGCCUAAUCUAAUCCGUUGUUUCAAUGUCG